UGGAGUGUACUUCGCUCUGCUUUGUCCUGCAGUAUUUUAAUUCCUGAAAAAAUGUCUGUGGGAUAUCUAGGAUUUGUUCUUCUGCUUUGGUUCCCAGGAGUGCUGCAUGCACACAAUGAAACCCAGAACUGUAAUGCUUCCAGUCCGAGUGGAGGUUAUGUUGUCCCUGAACAAGAAACGUACCUUCAUGAAACAACGCUCACUUACGGCUGUGAUAACGGAUUUAAACCAGCAGUGGAGGGCUGGUGGGCGACAAGCAUAUGUCAAAAUGGCAAAUGGUCUCCUAAACCCCAAUGUAUAGAUGAAAAAGCCUGUGUGCCACUGACUAUCCCAAAUGGAAACUACGAUGUAAGCACAGAUGGUUGGUAUGGGGAGAGAGAAAAAAUCCGGGUAAAAUGUGACGAAGGAUAUGAACACAAAGACAAUGACGCCACAGCGCAGUGUAUAAACGGAGCAUGGUCCUCUGUGCCAAUCUGUGAAAGGAGUACCGAAUCAUGUGGUGAUCCCCCUAAAAUCCCCCAUGCAGUCAUCAUUGGUCAGGGAUACCAGGAGGUGUUUGCUGCAAGCUCAAAACUGCAGUAUAAUUGUAAAGAUGGAUAUAGUGCAGAGGGAGCAGAGACCAAAGAAAUCUGUUGUAUCUCAGGAAACUGGACUGAAGGCCCAAUGUGCAACAGAAGACCUGAUACUGGCGGAUCCACAGAGGGAGGAACAGGUGGAGGACACACUACUUCUGCUGGCAGUGGGAUACAACCUGCAGGUGGAGGCAGCAGUACUGGACAUGGUGGAGCCACAGGGGGAGGAACAGGCCGAUUUCUUACAUCAGACGGCAGUGGGAUGACUUCAGAAGAAGAGGUGGGAUCAGGUGGAGGACACAUUACAUCGGCUGGCAGUGGGAUACAACCUGCAGGUGGAGACAGAAGACCUGAUACUGGACAUGGCGGAUCCACAGUGGGAGGAACAGGUGGAGGACACACUACAUCUCCUGGCAGUGGGCAACCUGCAGGUGGAGGCAGCAGUACUGGACAUGGUGGAGCCACAGGGGGAGGAACAGAGGUGGGAUCAGGUGGAGGACACACUACAUCUGCUGGCAGUGGGAUACAACCUGCAGGUGGAGACAGAAGACCUGAUACUGGACAUGGUGGACCCACAGUGGGAGGAUCAGGUGGAGGACACACUACAUCUGCUGGCAGUGGGAUACAACCUGCAGGUGGAGACAGAAGACCUGAUACUGGACAUGGUGGAUCCACAGUGGGAGGAACAGGUGGAGGACACACUACAUCUCCUGGCAGUGGGCAACCUGCAGGUGGAGCACAAAGUGCAGCUCAGCCAUGUCCUGCUCCCAGUCUGAAUGGCGGGUUUUUUUCCCCUGGACAAUCAGCUUAUAAUCAUGAAGCCACACUCAGUUAUGCCUGUCAUGACGGACUUAAACCAGCAGUGAAGGGCUGGUGGGGGACCAGCAGGUGUCAAAAUGGCAAUUGGUCUCCUAAACCCCAAUGUAUAGAUGAAAAAGCCUGUGUGCCACUGACUAUCCCAAAUGGAAACUACGAUGUAAGCACAAAUGGUUGGUAUGGGGAGAGAGACAAAAUCUGGGUAAGAUGUGACGAAGGAUAUAAACACAAAGACUAUGACACCACAGCGCAGUGUAUAAACGGAGCAUGGUCCUCUGUGCCAAUCUGUGAAAGGAGUACCGAAUCAUGUGGUGAUCCCCCUAAAAUCCCCCAUGCAGUCAUCAUUGGUAAGGGAUACCAGGAGGUGUUUUCUGCAAGCUCAAAACUGCAGUAUAAUUGUAAAGAUGGAUAUAGUGCAGAGGGAGCAGAGACCAAAGAAAUCUUUUGCAUCUCAGGAAACUGGACUGAAGGCCCAACGUGCACACAAAGUGCAGCUCAGCCUUGUCCUGCUCCCAGUCUGAAUGGCGGUUUAUUUUCCCCUGGACAAUCAGCUUAUAAUCAUGAAGCCACACUCAGUUAUGCCUGUCAUGACGGACUUAAACCAGCAGUGAAGGGCUGGUGGGGGACCAGCAGGUGUCAAAAUGGCAAUUGGUCUCCUAAACCCCAAUGUAUAGAUGAAAAAGCCUGUGUGCCACUGACUAUCCCAAAUGGAAAUUAUGAUGCAAGCACAAAUGGUUGGUAUGGGGAGAGAGACAAAAUCUGGGUAAGAUGUGACGAAGGAUAUAAACACAAAGACUAUGACACCACAGCGCAGUGUAUAAACGGAGCAUGGUCCUCUGUGCCAAUCUGUGAAAGGAGUACCGAAUCAUGUGGUGAUCCCCCUAAAAUCCCCCAUGCAGUCAUCAUUGGUAAGGGAUACCAGGAGGUGUUUGCUGCAAGCUCAAAACUGCAGUAUAAUUGUAAAGAUGGAUAUAGUGCAGAGGGAGCAGAGACCAAAGAAAUCUUUUGCAUCUCAGGAAACUGGACUGAAGGCCCAAUGUGCAAGGUGGGAUCAGGUGGAGGACACACUACAUCUGCUGGCAGUGGGAUACAACCUGCAGACAGAAGACCUGAUACUGGACAUGGUGGAUCCACAGUGGGAGGAACAGGUGGAGGACACACUACAUCUGCUGGCAGUGGGAUACAACCUGCAGGUGGAGACAGAAGACCUGAUACUGGACAUGGCGGAUCCACAGUGGGAGGAACAGGUGGAGGACACACUACAUCUGCUGGCAGUGGGCAACCUGCAGGUGGAGACGCCAACUGUGGAGACUACCCCAGUGUUCCAAACGGAGAUGUUGUGCAAGUGAGCGGAACAUUUUUGAAAUACCAAUGUAAUGGCUUUUACACACUAGAGGGUCCAGACAUUGUGACGUGUCAAAGCAAUGGCAAGUGGACAGAACCACCAUCCUGCAAAGCGGCUUUCUGUGUCAUAGAUCCUGCUCAAACGACUAUCGCCAAUGUUAUAAUAUCUGCAGUUGAAUACGUAAAGGAAGGACAGGAGAAGUAUAUUCCGUGUACUUGGGAUGAUUUCAGCCGCCGUGUUCAAUGCAUUAAUGGAAGAAUUGCCUAUACCAACUGUUGUUCGAGAAUUCAUCAUUAUAAUCAAAGAUGUCCAGUGGAGGGAACCUAACCCAGAAGCACAGUUGGAAGCAUUUGAAAUAUCUCCACCAGAGAAGAUAAACACCCAAAAAAACUUCAUAUUUGUAAAUUAUUUUUCUUUUAAAUCAGCUGUUUUUGUUUUUGUUCUUUCAUUUUGAUUGAACAUAUUUACACAAUGUUGAAGCAAAUUGUUCUUUAAGAGUAACUUUUUCUUUUUAUGCGUGGAACUCUUGAUGCACUAAUGUCUAUCAACACUUUGAUUAAAAAUACAAGUGAAAUGGUCUA